AUGGAUUCCGAAGACGGGGAGUUGUUCAUCAAGGUAUGUUUGUCAUUCUUUCGCCUUAUCGCCGCUCUCCGCGUCGCGCCGCCGGCUCUAUGUACGGGUUUGCUCACGAUAUCUCUGCAGCAACUGGCCAGCUUCGUGCGCACGCACGAAAAGGCUCUUGCCAACGCCUUACAAUUUCGAAGACAGACUGCCCGCCAUGGCCCCUCUCACAGCGUCAGCUCUCUGCCGACGCCGCAGUCUCCGGUCGUUCCCGAGCGCCCAUCGACGUCGGCCUCCACCUCGAGCGGUCUCGCGUCCGCUCUAUCGCUCGGCUCUCUGAGCUUCACUUCGCACAAUGUCAAGUCGGCAAAGCUGGCCUUGACGCCUCACCACUUGUUUUACCUACUCUCCCGAUUCGAAGAACUCGCCAUCCCCGUUGGCCCUAUGAAGAUUCGUCUCGAGAACCUCCACGACAGCUCUACAUCUGCCAACUACGUUUCAUUCCUUAGCAAUACCCAACGUUCCAAGAGCCGCGGCUCCGAUGUUGGCUCGAUACACUCCGUAUCUAGUGUCCGGAGCGUCAUGUCCGGCAUGUCGGCCCUGUGGCAAAGCUUCGGUAUCGGGGCCAGUAUUUCUGCCGCCAGAACUGAGCGGCAGAAGGCUGCCAUCCAGGCCGACCUGAAAUACCUAUACUCCGCCUUUACCAAGAUCCCGUGUCUGCGUCUCGCCCCCGAUUGGCGCGCCCGCCUGAUUCGCGGCUACGAGGAGUUCCCAUUCGACUCCGCCGUUCCGCUUUACGUAUUCAAGAACGUGCAAGCCCUCGAGGUUAACAGCAUCGAUUUUAGACAGUUCUUUGGCUGGGACAAGAUGGCCGAGCAGUUGAGAUCUCUCACCCUGAAGCGUGCCGGCGUCGAGGACCCCGCAGAUAUCCUGAUCGAUAUCGUACUCGACGACAUGGACAAGAGGCGUAGGAGAAGUGCGAAGCAACAGUCAUCGCCAACCACCCCAUGGCCUGCCAGUUCAAGCCCUCGGAGGAGUCCGGCUCUCCCGCAUGCCGAGCUUCACAAGGCUACAUCCGCACCGGGCUCACCAGAGCCACGCAGCUCCAUUGGUGACCUCGGUAUCGGUUCCCUCAGCAUGCAUGACCACGCCGUGUACGACGAAAGCAGGAGACCUUCCAUCGCCCGCGCAGAUACUUUCGAGGCCAUGUCGCCUCCCAAGGGCAGGCCUCGUAGCAACUCUCCCACUCGUCCCGCCAGCUCCCGCAACCCGUCUCACAUGAGAGGUGGCCCCAAGGUUCGCCGCUCUGGCUCUGGCAGCUCAAACUCUAGCCUGUCGGAUUCGUGGCACCACAGCCGCAGUGGAAGCUCUUCCAACCUCCUGAACAUGGGCAUUCUGCCUGCGUCCAAAUGGCGAUUCCUCAAGCACCUCAGUCUUGCGGACAACUCAAUGACCUCUAUCCCCGCUGCCAGCUUAGCGCCGCUCGCAAACACUCUUCACUCGCUGGACUUGUCGUCAAAUCUGUUCACCCAGAUCCCCGAUAGUCUAGCUACCCUUACCGCCCUCCGCGCACUUAACCUCUCGCAUUGCAUGAUUGAUGGGCUCCACUCCCUGACGCGCAAUCCACUCCCGGCUAUCUCAGCUCUCAACCUCCGGGCCAACCGGCUGCAGUCAAUCGCCGGUGUCGAGAAGUUGUACCCUCUUGAGCGGCUGGACCUCAGGGACAACCGCUUGUCGGACCCCUUGGAACUUGCUAGACUCACCGGCAUUCCCGACAUUCGGGAAAUCUGGGUCGAAGGCAACCCCUUCACCCGGACACACAAGGACUACCGCAUCACCAUCUUCAACCUCUUCCGUAAGAUGCCGGGGUACACGGAGGACAUUAUCAUUGACAACUCCGGUCCCUCGUACUCGGAAAGGAGAUACCUGGUCGAGCGUACUCCGAUUCCUGCCGCUGUCCCGGUCGUCAAGCCGCCUCCUGCCGACAUCCCCGCCGUGGACGUCAGCAAGCCUGCCAUCAUCUACGAUCUCCCCAAGGAGGCGUCCGUCCUCCGCAAGGAGCGACCCGUUCCCAAGGCGGUCACGAGCGAGGUAAAUACCAGCUCUACCCGCCGUCGCAAGACACCGAAGAGGAGGAUAGUGGACCUUUCCACUGCCGACUCGAACGCCAAGGUCGUCCCGCCAGUUGUUGCCCCAGCUCCUGCGACGGAUAUCGAGGUCCUCGCCGCAGACGCCACCGCUACGGCGGCUGGGUCUGAUGGCAACUAUCGAAUCUCUCAAGCUCCCGAAGUUCCUCAGCUACCCUCUGCGGUACUAUCCGAUAGCCGCAAAGCCACUUCCCAACCCGAGGUACCUCGGAUUGAUACCAGCGUUGUGCCUGAGCUUCCUCCCAUCUAUACCACCCGCGACGCUCCGCAGGACUCCCAAGACUGGGAUGUCAGCGGAGAGAUGUAUCGUCGGAAGAUCGAGGCGUUGCGGGACAAGGUUGGAAACGGCUACCUCAGUGUCCUGAGUGAGGAGGGCUGGGAUCCCACUCGCCCGCCGACAUACACCGUACCCGAUUUCAGCCCAGCCUCGACCGUACGGCCUAGCCCUACAACACCCCGUACCACCACACACCACCCCCCGGCCAUUCACAGUGGUCGUACCCUUGGUUAA